GCGCCAGAGGAUACCGGCAAGUGUAAUAGUAUUCUAUUGGGUCACACGCCGCAGCCAAAUAACUUUACGCAUCCUGCGUAAUGAAACACUAAACUCCCAGAAUGCCACACUGGCUCUUCCUCGCUGAUAGGCUCCUGGUGUUGGCUUAGAACCUCGCGGUGAGGAGGAAUGCUGAUACCAGCUGACAUGUUUAUUUACGGUUAUUACUCUUUAAGUGAAAAGAGCAAUGACAUAGUUUGACGGCAUUAUAAACCAGGCACCUGUCGUAUAAUCCCUUUAGUUAUUAAAAUGCAUGAUAUACAUCUGUUUCCCUUUUUCAGUUUCGCUGUGGAAAAUAUGAAGCGAAUUAUGUCACGUGACAUGGCGCCUACAGGUUCUGCUUCCGCUUUGUCACUAUGGAAGCCACAUUGUGUUCCAGCAAAUGACGUCUGUAAACACCGGCGAGUUGUAUCCGUGGCAGCUGAAGCUGGAAAGGACUGGGAGCAAUGGCCAGGGACUCCCUAUCCGAAGCAGGGCUGCACUUUGAUGAGCUGAACAAAUUGCGUAUCUUGGAUCCAGAUGUGUCCCAGCAAACAACCGAAUUAAAGGAGGAAUGCCGAGAUUUUGUAGACAAAAUAGGACAUUUUCAGAAAGUAGUGGGUGGACUAAUUGAGCUUGUCGAUGAGCUCGCUAAAGAAACUGAAAAUGAGAAGAUGAAGGCGAUAGGUGCCCGGAACUUAUUAAAAUCUAUAGCAAAGCAAAGAGAAGCCCAGCAGCAGCAACUGUAUGCCUUAAUAGCAGAGAAGAAAAUGCAACUAGAAAGGUACCGAAUAGAAUAUGACGCGCUGUGUAAAGUGGAAGCUGAGCAACAUGAAUUUAUUGAUCAGUUUAACCUCCAGAAAUAGCAUCAGUUACAAGCGUAUUGCUUGACUCUGUGUGGGGUCCUUUAUUUCCCCCCAGUACAUUUCAUUGCAAUACCGUUGGACUUUCAAUUAAACAUUCCUUAAUAUUACUUGCUCGUUUUGUUUCUAACGUUCCUGGACUCCCGACCAUUCCUUCUGUGCAGUUUCAGACAUUUCAUGGAUACAAAAAAAACGGCAAAACCAGAAUUUCUCCCGAGCAAGUAACCGGUGUAGAAGCUUUAAGAGAAUCAAAUACUUAUUUUAAAUCACUGUUAAACAUUAAAAUGUAUUAUUAUACUUUCUAUCUCUCUAUCUCUCUAUGCCUAAAUGCUUGAAUUUUUACAGUUAUUAGAUGUUGGACACAUUAAUCUAUACAAAGCAACGUGUGUGUAUAUUGACUUACCCAUCUGACUUCAGUAUUUCCUGCAAUGAAUAGUUAUGGAUCAGUAACAGCCAGUCAGCACAAUUCAAAUAUAAAUAAAGCCAUAAUGUUAGCAGGGAUUAUCCUUUAAAUUAAAUUAUGAUGGUGUACUUAGCAGCUGCAGCCACCUACGGUUAUAUAACCCCUUUUUCACCUAUACCUCACCCACUUGAAUCAUCACUGUGAAAUUAUAGACUGGGCUCUGCAUUUUCUAUUCAUAUUUUUGACAUUGCCUUUGAAGAAAAAGCCAUAGGAAGAGCAAUAUCUUUGCUCCAUGUAGAUUUAGCAGCAGCUAUAGUAUGUAUGGGGAGCAGCAUGUCACAUCUACUCAUCUGAAAACAAGUCUCACCAUUGGAGACAAACACAACUAUAUAUUCUUCAGAGAUGAAAAUGGUGCCAUUUUGUAAUAGUGUGGAUGUUAUAAAUGGAAACUUUGCCUUUAUAUUUUACUGGCACUUGGAAAAAAUCUCAAUUUGUAUAGUGUGUUUUUAAAAAAAAAUCCCACCGUGCACCUGUUGUAGUAUUGAAAAAGCCAAACAGCAGCCAUGGGUAGCAUUUAUGUAGGUACGUCAGUCAGUUCUGUUUAACUGAAACUGGAGUUCGAUUGGUUUUUCAGUGUCUCUCAUUUUAUAUAUUUUAUUUGUACACGUUGAAUUGCUUGGAGUGUUGUGGAUAAGUGAAUAUGUUUAUAUUGUGCCCUCAGUGGGAUCUGCUUAGAAACAAUUUUUUUUAUAUGGAUGCUUUUUUGUGUACAUUUAAUUUGCCUUGAUUUAUAAAAUAAUAUAUAUAUACACCA